UGAAGAAUUUUCAUCUGAUGUAGACUCCAGUGAAGACAUUUUGUAUUAAAUGUGCCUCACUCAGAGAGGCAUUUCCUGGACAUGUAUUUUUCACAUGGGGGAAUGAAGAACAUUUGGUCAUGUGUGUUUAAGAGAGUGGUGUCAGGACUAAACAGUUACUGAAGAUGAAUGAAUUGUUGUUAUUAUUAUAAUACUCAUUUCCACAGUGACACCCUACAGGAUCCACACAUCAUAUCAGGACUCAAGUUCUGGUUAAGGUUCCAGAUGCCUUGGGUUUUAUUCAAAAUGUUCUUACCACUCUCAUUUAUGAAUCUCCAUUUAAUUCUUACCUUUCUAGUAAAACAUGCUUUGUUUUGUUUCUGUAACAUUUUGUAAAUUUGUCAAUGUUUUCUUAAGUACUUCACAGUGGCUUGCCAUUUUUGUUCAGAAAUAUUUAUCAAUUUUUUUGUGGUAAGUUUUAGCUAAUAUUAGUUGAAGUGUAUGCAGAGUGAAUACAUGGAACAGUAAGUGUAAAGUGUAAAAAAUUUUAAAUUACAUACAAAAUUACAGUAAAUUCUACAUAUACAACAAUAUAUAGCACUGUGUUCUAUAUAGCUUCUUUUUGUAAAUCAAAAUUUUUUCCAAAUUGAUUAUCAUAAUGUACAUUGGUCUGUAAGACCAGAUCUGGUGCCCCUAUUGUAGUGAGGUCAUUCAGUGGGCUGGUGACGUCCGAACAAUUAGGUACAAACCUCCUAUAAUAGCCAGCCAGCCCCAGGAACUGCCUCACACCCAAACAACCCAAACGGAAGGGUGACAGGAAAUCCCUGAGGAGAAUUCCGCUGAAGGGUGGGGGGGUGGGGGGCGGAGCCCUCCCCACCCUCCGUGUCUUCGUGACGUGGAGCUGAUGUUGACGGCCCAGUCAACGCCUCCCCAGCCAAUGCUGUGCACAUCCCACACUGUGCCUCGCUACUGCAUGACCCAUACACAUAUUUUCCUCCCUUAUGUCUGAAAACCUGGCCAAUAUUUCCCCAUAAUUAGUGGAUGGGUGAGGCGAGGACUAACUGCUGAUUCCGCUCUAUACUUUUGCCCCCGAAAUUGAUUGACUGGAACCAGUGGAUAUUUGUGAACAUCCAUGUGCGCACACCUCACCUUCACCACAUAGGCAUUUUCCAAAGCCCCUCAUUGAAUCAGGCUUUGAUGAACGGUGGUCUGGUUCCACCAAGGCCUGAUGUGUACUCCCUUGUAUACUCAUUGAUACAUGGUACGUUCCUGCUUGUACAUGGGAGGCUUCCAGCAAGUCAGGAAUCUGGAUCAUUAUUCUCGCUUCUCUGAGGGAGCACAGUUGCUAGAAAUGCCUGGCCUGGAAAUGAAGGGGAAGGAGAGGAGGCAGGGGUAGGGAACCCCCAGGUAGCUGGUUUCCGGGGAAUUGGCCCCUGUUUCCACAUUACAGGGAUGUGGGGAGAAAAAAAGGGGGAGAAGGAGGAGAAGUACGAGAGGGAGAGAGAGAGAGAGGGAGAGAGAGAGAGAAGAGAGUGGCUUGCCUGCCCCAGGAUACACUGCCAAGUGGUCCUCUGCCAGCUGGACUGCCUCGUCUAAAGGCAGACGGUGGUGGCACUGGACCCAUUCUGCUAUUCUCUCUGGUAUUUGGGCAACGAACUACUCCAGCACCACAAGACUGAUUACCUCUUUGGCGUCAUGACCCUCUACCAGCAGCCAUCUUCGGCAGGCGUCCCGGAGCUGCCGGGCGAUUGCGAACAGGCAGCCACGCUCACUGAGUGUGGCCAAUAGGACUGCAGCUGGAGUACCCGCCCAAUGGACCAGGUUCUGGAGCACCUGCCGGUCCUCCACCUGGGCUUUGAGCAGGGCCUGGAGGCGCUGCUCUUGGUCUUGGCGUAGCUGGAGGAGGGCCUGAUGCUGGGUCUCGUGAAAGCUGGUGAGGGACCUGACGAUCAGCCAGUGGUGAGGACUCCAUGGUGGCGCUUUUUCCUCAAUCCCAGGUUUCAGCGCCAGUGUAACACUUCCCAGGUUCAAGUAGGGAAUGAGGAAGCUGGAGGCAGGCUUGAAAUGGGCUUUUACUUUUGCUUUUCAGCGAUUUUGUUUUCAAACACACACACACACGGCUCUGGGCUGGCUGGCUCUCUCUCUCUAUCUCUCUCUUUCUGGCUCAUGACAGGAGACUCUGAAGACAUAAAAAGGACACACAUAAGUAAACUAAUAACACAUAGGUGAGAAUCAUUACUAGUUACCUUCCAGUUCAACCUGCCUUCUCUCCAUUCACAGCUGACGCCCGACCACGCCCCCGCUGCCACAAUUGCAUUUUAAUUUAAUGUAAUUUUAAUUCAGUUUGUUUUGGUUUAUCUUCAAAAUUUGAUGUGCAGUCCUAAAAUAAACUAAAAUCUUAGUGGUUCAAAUAUCUGUUAAUUAUUUCUAACACAAUAUCUAUACUGAAAUAAUUGCAGGACUAAACAAGCUGUGUGUGUGUGUGUGUGUUUUCUUCUAGUCCACAUCAUCACCUUCAUACAGCAGGUUGCUUUUUUCCCAGUUACCAAAUAAUCUUCUAAAACUUCAUUUUAAUCAUUUACAUUCAGUAAGUAUUAAUAUUUCAUUAACAGAUUUAAUGACAUUUUAAAUUAUAUUUUUUCAUCAAAUACUGUAUAGAACAUCCACAGCAUUCCCUAUUACUCCAAGUGUAAUCAAUUAGCCAAGCAGCAAAAUUCAGACAUGUCUCAGCUUUUUGGAAUAAAGAAGAGACUGUGGACAUUUUAUUUUUGGCUGAAGAGUCCACGCAUUGUUUAUGGAGAUGAUGAUGUUAAUAAUACUAAACUGUUUUAAGCUUUUAAAACAAUAUUAAUACUGUUGUGUGUUUGUGUUUUUGUGCAUUUUUGGUGUGUCUCUCUUUUAUAUUUUUAUACUUAUAUAUUUUUUAUUUUUUAUAUCUUUAUAUCUGCUGCUGUAACAAUGCAAAUUUCCCCAUUGGGGGACGAAUAAAGGAUCUUAUUAAUGCUAUUCCUGGAGGCAUUUUAAUUCAGCAUUUAAUUCACUAAUUCCAAACCCGAUACACACCUUUUACAAAAUAUGUCACAUGCUGCUCCAUUUCUAAGCACAAAUUUCAUGAUAAAAUCUAAUUUCAUGUUUUGGGAAUCAUAAAACAUAAAAAAUUAUACAUUUAGUAAUCAGUGAAAGCAGUGACCUCACCAGGACACAAUUAAUGUUAUUAUUUCAUUUUGAAAAGAAUGUACAUGAUAAGCAGUUUUCUGUGGUCUUUUGCUGGAGAUCGAGUUGCUGAACAUUUAUGAGAGCUUAUAUAUUGGAUAAUUGAAAAAAAGCUGAGUGAAUUUGUGUAGGUGAAGACCAUUAUAGUUUAUUAGUAAUGUUUAUCUGGUUUUCUGAGAUCAUCCAUCUUCUUAUAUUGAUUAUUGUAUUUGUGUGAGUUGUGUGCAGUGUUUUGUAACAGGAAUAAACUUGAACUGGAGAUUAAUGUGUAGAAUGUUUGUUAAUUUGAUCAGAAAUGACUCUGUGUGAUCACCGACUAUUCACCGACCUGGACACCUGUUAAAAGACAGGUAGAAAUUAAUUUUGCAUCAAUGUAGUUUGUGUUUGGAUUUAAUAAUAUGUGUAAAAAUGUAAAAUAAUAAACACAAGUUUUAACAUUUAACAUUGCUCAACCUGUUCUCCUUUUCUGCUCUAUGGGAACUUGUUCUACUUAUAUGAAAGUGAAAGAGUUUAGAAAGCAUUGACACAAGUGAGAGUCAUGCCAAAGUAACAACGACUGCUGAGUAAAGCAGAAGAGAUCAAGCCUGUUCGUACACAGCUGUCUGUAUAUGACCAAUAACGUCUCUUUACUAAUGGUGACAGAUGGAUCACUCUAUUCCUGACCAACCUGAUGGAUCGCAACAAUUAAAAAAGAGUGAAACCUGGGAAAAGAUAUCAGACUGUGCAGGACCCAGCAGUUCCUCCAUGAACAGUGAUGUGUUUACAGAACCACCACCAAAAAAAAUUAAAAAUGAAGUCCUCUCAUUUCACAGUGACUUGCAACAAACAUGGGACAAAACAGAACAGAAGAUUAUAAUCAGGGAUACAGGGUGUAAAUCUAUAACUACUGGACCUCAUCUUCAGGAGAAGUGCAAACUAAAUCUGAUAAAGAAGUUUCAGCAUGUGAAUGAGGUGAUAAGAAACCAGGGGAACCCAACACUUCUCAAUGAGAUCUACACAGAGCUCUACAUCACAGAAGGAGACAGUGGAAAAGUCAAUAAUGAACAUGAGGUGAGACAGAUCGAGGCAGCAACAGAGGAAACACCAGUCAAAUGCAGUGACAUCUUUAAGCCCUUAUCUGAAGAAGACAAACCCAUCAGGAGUGUUCUGACAAAGGGAGUCGCUGGCAUUGGAAAAACCAUCACUGUGCAGAAAUUCAUUCUAGACUGGGCUGAAGGGAAAACAAAUCAGGAUGUUCAUCUCAUAUUUCCACUUCCUUUCAGAGAGCUCAGUUUGAUAAAGGAUCAAAAACUGAGUCUGAUGGAGCUUCUUCAUUUCUUUUUAAAGGAGAUAAAAGAAACACAUAUUUCCAGCUUGGAGAAGGUUCUGUUCAUUUUUGAUGGAUUGGACGAGUGUCGUUUCCCUCUGGAUUUCCAGAACACAGUGAGAUUGUGUGAUGUAACUGAAUCAGCUUCAGUGCAUUUGCUGCUGAUAAACCUGAUCAAAGGGAAUCUGCUCCCCUCUGCUCUCAUCUGGAUCACCUCCCGACCAGCAGCAGCUGAUCAAAUCCCCUCUGAGUGUGUCGAUCGAGUCACAGAGGUACGAGGGUUCAAUGACCCACAGAAGGAGGAAUAUUUCAGGAAGAGGAUCAGUGAUCAGAGCCUGAGCAACAGAAUCAUCACACACCUGAAGUCAUUAAGAAGCCUCUACAUCAUGUGCCACAUCCCAGUCUUCUGCUGGAUUUCAGCCACUGUUCUAGAGAGAAUGUUGGGUGAAGCAGAGAGUGGAGAGAUCCCCAAGACUCUGACUCAAAUGUACACACACUUCCUCAUCAUUCAGACAAACAUCAUAAAGAAAAAGUACACAAAGAGCAGAGAGGCAGAUAAAGAAAUGGUUCUGAAACUGGGUAAACUGGCUUUUCAGCAGCUGAUGAAAGGUAACCUGAUCUUCUAUGAGGAAGACCUGAUGGAGUGUGGCAUUGAUGUGAUAGAAGCAUUGGUGUAUUCAGGUGUGUGUACACAGAUCUUCAGAGAGGAGUUUGGACUUCACCAGAGUAAAGUGUACUGCUUCGUUCAUCUGAGCAUUCAGGAGCACCUUGCAGCUCUGUAUGUGCACCUGACUUCUAUUGUCGAAAACGAAGAUUUUUUUAAAAAGCCUAUUAACUUGGAAAUAAUAAGUCAGAAAAUUCCAAUCUCAGAUGUACACAAGAGUGCUGUAGAUCAGGCUUUACAGAGUAAAAAUGGACAUCUGGAUCUUUUCCUUCGCUUUCUUCUGGGUCUCUCACUGGAGUCCAAUCACAUCCUCUUACAAUCCAUAGUGCCACAAACAGGAAGUAGCUCCCACAGCACACAGGAAACAGUUCAUUACAUCAAGAAGAAGAUCAGAGAGAAUCCCUCAACAGAGAAAUCUAUCAUUCUGUUCCAUUGUCUGAAUGAACUGGAAGAUCAUUCUCUAGUUGAGGAAAUCCAACACUACCUGCAAUCUGGAAAUUUACAUCAAAGCAAACUUUCUUCUUCUCAGUGGUCAGCUGUGGUGUUUAUGUUACUGACAUCAGCACAGGAACAGGAUGAGUUUGUCCUUAAUAAAUACACCAACAAAAACUGUUCAUCAGAGGAGGUUCUUCUGAAGCUCCUGCCUGUGGUUGCAGCAUCCAGAAAAGCUGACUUAAAUAACUCUGACCUGAAAGAGAAAGGUUGUGUAGCUCUGGCCUCAGUGCUCAGCUCUGAAUCCUCCAGUCUGAGAGAACUGGAUCUGUCUGGGAAUAGAUUCAAAGACUUAGGAAUGAAGUGUCUUGCUCCUGGAGUGGAGAAUCCUCACUGUAAACUGGAGACACUGAAGUGAGAUCAUCUCUCUGCGAGUCACAUGAGCCACAAGACCUUCUACAUGAAAGCUCUCUUAUAAAUUAUGACUAGUGUACCAGUAGUCACACCCCAUUUAUGUCUAUUUUUUUUCAACAUGAUAUUAUAUGUUUAACAUAGGUCCAUGAUUCUAUAUUCUCCAAAGUGAAAGUGAAUAAUUUUUCAAUUCAAUCUACGGUUCACUGACUGUUGAGGUUGAAGGUUGAAGUUCUGAUCUGUGUGUCCUGAAA